ACAUCCUUAGCUACACGUUUUGCCCAGGAAACAUUUGGAAAACAGUACAAACAAACCAUAGGACUGGACUUCUUCUUGAGGAGCAUAUUACUGCCAGGAAAUUUGAAUGUUACUCUUCAAGUGUGGGAUGUAGGGGGGCAAACAAUAGGAGGCAAAAUGCUGGAUAAAUAUAUUUAUGGAGCUCAGGGUAUUCUCUUGGUUUAUGAUAUUACCAAUGGCCAGAGUUUUGAAAAUCUAGAAGACUGGUACAAUGUCGUAAAAAAGGUGAAUGAAGACUCAGAAACACAGCCACUUGUGGCCCUGGUUGGAAAUAAAAUUGACUUGGAGCAUAUGCGCACAGUGAAAGUUGACAAACACCAGCGAUUUUGUCAGGAAAACAAUUUCAGUAGCCAUUUCGUGUCAGCCAAGACAGGAGAUUCUGUCUUCCUGUGUUUUCAGAGAAUUGCUGCUGACAUACUUGGCAUCAAAUUAAACAAAGCAGAAUUGGAACAAUCACAGAGGGUGGUGAAGGCAGAUAUUGUCAACUACAGUCAGGAGCCUAUGACAAGAACUAUGAAUCCUCCUAGAAGCUCCAUGUGUGCAGUUCAAUGACCAUUCUAUUCUUCUCUGUUCUGCUACCUUUGGCCAUCCUCCUACCUUAACAGAGGCUCUGGGACUACCAGGAACUUUAUUUUAACAGCGACCGUUACAACAAUGCAGUUA